CUCACCGCCAAUCGCCUCUGCCAUGCCUCUCGAUAGUUCCACCUACGCGCUCGCGCACCUGCGGAUCGAUGGUCGACGCUGGAACGAACUCCGUCGGAUUCAAGGCCAAAUGUCGACCCAAGCCGCCGCGGAUGGAAGUAGCUACUUCGAGAUGGGCAACACAAAGGUCAUGUGCACGGUGCAUGGACCGCGACAGUCGGCGAGAUCAGGAGGCGGAACACGUGAGGCGACGAUUGAGGUGGAGAUUGGUGUUGCGGGGUUUAGUGGCACGGAGAGGAAGAAGAGGGCAAGGGCGGACAAGAGAACACAAGAAAUGCAACACAGCAUCUCCUCCGCCUUUUCCGACACUGUCUUCACAGCCUUCUACCCGUCCUCAACAAUCACUAUCGUCCUACACGUCCUAUCGCAAGACGGCGCUCUCCUAGCUGCCUGCCUCAAUGCCGCGACACUUGCUCUGGUCGACGCAGGUGUUCCCAUGACCGACUAUAUCGCAGCCUGCACAACGGGCUCAACAGCGAGCUACGCAUCGAACGAUGAGGAUGCCGAUCCACUGCUGGAUCUCAAUGGCGCGGAAGAGUUGGAAUUGCCGUUCUUGACGAUGGGCACGAGUGGUGGGGAGGACAAGGUCAAUGUCCUGAUUAUGGAAACGAGAGUGCAAGCGACGAGGUUGGAGUCAAUGGUCAGUGUGGGUUUGGACGGCUGCAAGCAGGUGAGGAGCAUACUGGAUGGGAUCGUGAGGGAGCAUGGGAGGAGACUUUUGAAGACGAAGGGAUGA